CGUGGAUUUGAAAUUGUCUAGUUUUUCUAGAAGAAAAAUAAAUGAAUUUGUCCAAAGAGGCAAAGAGUGACCCACGUCAAACCCAGAAACUUAUAAACUAUUUAAAAUAAUAAUAAAGUGUUUAUAUAUCAUACUAAAGAAAUCAAAAUCAUGGAAUCUAUCAAAGUCCAAAUCUCCAAAUCAGAUCAUCUCUCUCCCCAAAAGCUUUCUCCUUUCAUUCAUUCAUCUUCUCCUCCAUGACUACAUCAGUUUCAAUGAACCCAUCUCUCUUUCGCGUAAUCUGUAUACUCCAUUCAGUCAUCGCUCUAACAAGUGGAACCCUAAUGAUGUUCUACACAGAGAAAGCUUCCAUCUUCGGACCAGGAAGUGAAAUCGCUAGCAAACUCAAAGGAUCAACGCCGCACGAUGAGCUACUCAUUCAGAUUUCUCAGUCUUUCUCCGGUUUGCUUCUCUUUGCUAUUGGUUUGACACUGUUCAUGGUGUCUUUCGUCAAAGACAGAGAGUUUCACAGCUUCUUCGCUGGAGGGUCUGUGAUUCUCUACGUGUUGAUGGCCUCGUGGAGGGUUUUGUUUGAGUGGAAGAUUGAGGAUCUUGCUUAUGAAUGGCCUAAGCAAGCUCUUGGAGAUAUAGCUUUAGGGAUCUCCUGGGUGUUCUUUCUUGUUUAUUCAUGGAGAGAAAAGUAUGAUUGAUUGAUGUUUUUGAUUCUUGUUGUAACUUGUGGGCUAAGCAAAAAAGCGUUCCAGUCUUCAGAUUUGGUAAGAGGAAACUGAAAGCAUCUGUCGGAAUUCAGACAAAGAUCAGAUCAAAUCAGAUCAAACAAUAAAUAGUUUGGAUUCAUAUCUUCAGAAGAUCAAGGAUUUUAUUUUUGAUUGGUCUCUAAUUAUUGCUAUGUAGAUCCUCUAUAUUUUGCUGAAUCAAUCCAAACCCUUUGUGAAAAGAGAA